AUGCCCAAAUCAAACGGCUGCCGCACCCUCCUCCUCCUCACUCCACCCAUUCUCCUCCUCUUCCCCACCGCAGCCCUAAUCUCCAUCCUCGAACGCAUCUCAAAAAACACCUUCUACUCCCACCUGCAGCGCAGCUUUCGCACUGGGGCCUUCCAACUCGUCCUUGCCCGACCCGGCGGCGGCCCGGGCAUCGGACUGACACUCGACUUCAACCACGCGCCCAUCCUGUUCAUACUGGGCAUCUGCGUGAUAGCGUAUGCGGUAACUGUGCUGAGCGCGGCGGGGAUAUGGCAGUUGAAGAAAGUCGAGGGCACGGCGCGACAUGAGCGGGUGUGGGUGUGGGUAGUGCUUGUUGCGAAUGUGGUUAUGAUAGGAGCGAGUCUGGCGGGGUUCGGGUAUGCAACCAGUGUGCAGGCGGCCGAUGGGACGUGGAGCGAUUACGAAGAUGCAGGGAGGCCGGAUCAGGAACUUACAAGGGAGACGUGGGCGUGUCAGAUUCACAGUUUGUUUCCUGGGGAGGGGUGGGCGGGCACGGCGUGUGGGGCGAGUCAGGCGAUGCGGUAUUUGCUAUUGCCCAUGGCGGUGGCGGCGAUGGCGGUGCUGGGGAGUCUGUGGGUGCUGGUUAGGGGGAGGGGAGGCUUCAAGUGGGUGUUUGGGGGGCAGGGCAGGUAUGCUGGGUUUCGGGGUGCGUAUGAGUUACAGCCCCAGGAACAGAAUACGGUGUAUUCGGAGCCACCGCCGCCAGUGCAGCAGUGGCGGGGACAGCCGGGUCAGCAGUGGGUGCCGCAAGCGUAUCAGCCGUAUGGCCAGCAGUUGUAUGGGCAACAGCCUGUUCAGCCGUGGGCACCGCAGCCCGUGGCUCAGGUGUCAAAGUCGGGUGCUAAUGUCGAGCAGCGCCCUGUCUACCAGUGA